GCCUAGCAACAAUGGUUGCAAAUAUGGCGGCGCCCUUGUUGUUUGUUGCUCUCUGUGUACGCUAAUGUCGUUAAUGCAGUUCUGUUUAUUUCUUCGAAACUUUCUGUCGACUGUCGCCGAAACGAGUCCGUGACCCUCGUUUCGCGCCCUUGACUCUACAUCACAAUUGUCAGCCUUGUAUACCACUUUAUAACGGUAAAAGUCGUAAGCGUCCAGAUGGGGCUGGAACAGAGCAGUCACUCGAGUGGCGGUUCUCUGAAAGUUGGAAAGGGUCGUCACACUAAGGCGUCUUCGCCACGCCCUUCAAUUAGUUCCGACUCCGAUGUCCCGUAUGUCUCAUCAACAGUGAACAACCCGAUCGGAGAGUCCCCCAAACUUGGGAGCAAGAGCCCGGCACAUCUCUUGCGAAACUCACCGCGACCUUCACCCAAACCGCGUCCUCACUCAUAUGCGGGCACUUCAGGUCACAGCAUCGUGGUCGUCAAGGAAGGAAGCGUGGAUGUACAGACUCCAGAAAACGAUGAGGACCUCAUCAAGUUGCAGUCGAUACCGCAGUUCUGGCCCAUCCUCAAAGGCAGCCUUCACAGCCCCAUCAUAUGCGACAGCGACGUAGGUGAGAGGCUGGAUCACCGUGCCGUGAACCGGUUGGCUUCCCGUUACCAGGAGCACCUGAGGCAGUGUGCUGAAGUGGUCAGCACGGAGCAGAAUGUGCUGGCGGCGAGAAUUCGUGAGAUUGACUAUGCGGUAUCCACGCUCAGCACAAUGAUGACAGAGCGACAAAAAAAGUUUGGAAAGUAUGUGGAGCAACUGCUCAAGGUGCAUGAACUCUCGAGCCUCCUUCACACAACAGAGAGCAUGCUGUCAAAAACAAUACAGCAGUUGGAUGAACUCAAUCGGCUGCUGCCUCCAGAGGAACAGCUGGAACCAUUCAUCAUGGUUACUGGCUGAACGUUAGUGCUGUGAAACGUUUGUGAUGUUUUGGCUUUAAAAGACUUCGGCAGACUACUUUCAGCAGUGUUUUAACUGGUAAAUAAAAUCGUAUUUAAGUGCUUUCUAGUGCAAUGCACUUUAGCUGAUCGGCCUAGACACAUUAACUUGAAGUGUUUCUUUUUGAUCUGGCUGGUGAAACAUUACUACAUGGAUGACAGGCGUGUUCAUACAGAAACGAGGACAGAUAGGACAGGUGCCUUGUCCUGUCUGUCUACUCAUGCCUGUCCUUCACAUUGCAACAUUAGCUUGAACCUGCAGCUGAUCAGUAGUUAAAGUUCCUCUAUGCUUCUUUUCACAGCUGUAAGUUAAAGGAACAAUUAAAAAAAAAUUUUAUGUCAAGCUAGGUUGAAACCUUAAGCUUGUGUAUUGACGAAUUCGUCACUUACAGCGAAAAUGGAACUUUUGUAAGCAAGAAAAUGACGCACAUGUAACAGUGGCUCCACCCGUCGUGUAGUGACGGGUGGCAUGACGGGGGACAGUUGGUGUGACGUCAGGGCACCAGGCGGCUGACUCUGCCCACCAGCUGGGAGAUAUAUCCCAGGCACGAGGCAGGCUUUUCGAGGAACGCCAAAGAUGCAAGUCGAGGGAACAGUGGCUGGUUUUUAUAGAACGUCAGUGGUGGUAACUAAGAGAUUACGUCAGGGCGUCACUUUUGGCGCUGGCGAUUAAAAUUGAGGAGCAACAGCAGGAUGUUCAAUGGCAGUUUUCUGUACAACUAAGUCAUAUGUCGGCACCCAGGAAAUGAUUAUCGACUCCUCUCAAUCUGCACGAAGUGGCUGACAUUCAUAUAAUGCAUGGCUUGAAUGUUUCAAGUCGUAAUGGCUUGAUCGUAGUCUCAGGCACUUUUCAGCUGCAGUGAAAUUGUGUCAUAAGUUGAAGAUUGACUCGGAAAUAUUUAGCCCAGCUGGUGCGGUGUAUUAAGGACAUCUGUACAUGCUGCUUGCCUACCAUACAGCAGCACGAACGCUGCACAACACCAAUUGUAACACUAAUAAUAAUAUUUUGUAUUACCGUAUUAUAUUGCAUAGUAUAUUGUGUAUUGUGUUACAAUACAAUAUCAAUCAAGGGAGCUUUUUGUUAAAAUAUUUGCCUGCAUAUAAAUGUUUCUUUGCUGGCCUCUAAGCAGAGGACUGUGCCUUGCAGCCUCCUCUGUCAACCCCUAGCUGCAACAAUGGCAGCACGAGCACACUUACAUGAGUUUUACAGUAGUGCUACUUUGAGGCAGAUGUCACUGGUCAGUAGAACAACGAAAUCAGUUGGAGGAUUAUGAUAUCAAAUGUAGGCGUUGCUCUUGGUGCCCAUCUGAACUGGGUGACAAGUAAUGCUGCGAUGGGGGUUAGUUCGUGGAACAUUAUGACUAGAUGCACUGCUUCGUAGCAUAACGAAAGACAGGUCAACCACAAGAUGACGUCGACAAGGUGAUGCAUGAAUUCAGAACUGUCUUAUUUUUUGUUCGAGCAGAUAGCUUGUUCUUUACGUAAGCUCACAUGCUCUACCAGAAAAUAAUACCUGUGUCACUUUUUCUUUCUGUCAAGUUCGCUUCUCUCAAAUUUUCCUGUCUUUUGAGUUCUGUACAUAAGCCAUUCCAGUCUCUAAUGUAAAAUGAAACUGUUGUGAGUCCAUGCAUCAUCUUAUCUGUUUCACACUAUUGUUAACCUGGCCUUUGUGAUGCUAUGAAGUAGCACAUUUAGCUGUGAUGGGUGAUAUGUCAAUUCAAGCUGUUGUCUAGCUGUCGACAAUGUAGCCGGUAACUAAGCGUAACAGGUCCUCAUUGGCAUUUCGAUGCAGCUACUGCACCAUUGUCUCAUGACUGCUUGAAAUUGGCAGUGUGCUUUAGCUGUAACAAUAGACAAGCCAACAGAUGCCAUGGCAACACAGGCAUCUUGUAAAAAUGUGCACAGGAUAUUUUCAAUCUGAAGACAAUGACGUCGAAAAAAGUCUACUAGGCACUAAUAUAAUGUGUCAUUUCUUUGAAUGUUUCAUUCUAGCCCUUAAGCAACACUAUUGGGGCCUUAGUAAUCUUCGUUAUAGCAGUGAUCUAAUGUGUGCAUGUCAUUAGCUAGUUGCUAGGCCUUUAUUGUUAAUUGGUUAAAGCUUGCAUUGAUAGAUGUGCUUCGUAUGUGCUCUUCUCCGUUUCUGUAGUUCAACUUUGCAGCGCUGCGUUUUAAGCACAAGUACUUUAUUGUUCAGUUUAUUGUUUUCAUGGUUACAUUAUUAAUAUUAAGUGCUGGGCAUGGAUGCAAUGACCUGCAGGUAUUGUCAACAAAGGCUUGUGCACCUCGUGGACAUCUACCAAAGUGCAUUGGCGUGUCAUGUAGCGACCAGGCAAUAGGCUAAGCUAUUGAAACAACUUUGAGUGUAUCUACAGUAGGAUGUGGUAAUGCAUUCCCAGAUGUUGGUAAAUUUCAUGCCCGUACAAAGUCAUUGUGUUGCCUCUAUACUGUCUGUGUGCAAUUUCGGCUCUGAUGCAAGUGCAGUUGUGCAGUACAAGCCAUGUUUUAUUGAUGCCCUGUUUCCAUUGAAUUGUUAUUGGUGACAUUCCGGAUUUUUCACUUGUCUGUACUCCAUUGGCAUAGCCAUGGGGGGAACAGAAAGUUUCAGGAGGUGGGCUUUUAAAGAGCGACAUGGAUGAAAGGGAAAGCUUGAACGUGAAUGCAGGGCGGUCUGAAGGGGGAGAGGGGGGGUUGUCAUGUCACCGUACCUUGAACAUAAGUUUAUCUAGUUUCCGCACAACCGCUAUUGUGGCUAUAGUGCUAGCAGUGUUUCCUUGCCUCCUCAAGUCGCCUUUUCCCUAUCCACCCCCUUUGGUAUGGGAACUACAAAAAAGUGGCAAGGCUGUUAUUCACUCGUUUUGCAACUGCGUCAGUUCUACCCAUUCUUUGCCUUCUCUCCCUCACUCCUCUCUACCCUUCUAUCUAGCUUCCCUCUGGACUUGGCAUAGUAGAAAGGUAAGCACUGCAACUUCUGCAGUGCUUUUGCAGGGGGUCAUGGAUAAUUACAGCUGUCAAAAGGCUAAUGUGGCAAUUGAGGCCCCGGGUGCUCCAGAAGCCAUUGUGCACAUUCGACGCAGUGCAAAGGUCCAAACGAGUUUUGCGCGUCUCCUUUCAUUUCUGCCACACUCCUUUCGUGUAUACACAUGCUCUGAACCAGCCUCAACAUGGCGUGCAAGACAGCUACAGCAGCAGCAGCAGUGGGAAAGUUGAAGGAAGUGGCAAAGAAAGCUUCAUUUUAAAACAGGACAAUAAAUUAAGACCUACAGAACGCUGAUUUGCUCACAGCAAAAUAUAUCAAUGACGGAGGCCAGGCUAGGUCAGGGAAGUUAAAAAACCACAACAAACAGGUGGGAGGGCAGGUAGAUGAAUGGCCUUGAAGUCCAUGCAGGAGGAAUGUUAGCAGCCACCGCACUAUUCAACAAACCGGUGAAUGUCCAAGAGCGUGACCGUGACUAACGGAAAAAUAUGUUAAGAAGGGGAGUGGAGUGAUGGAUAUGAGGAAAUUGGAACGUGCAUAAAAAGCAUCAAGAACGAAGUUGGUGGAUAAUUAUGGAUAUAGAAAGAGCAUCUCGUCACUGCCCGAUCACUCUGCACCAGACAGCCGUAGCCAGUCACCUUGCUGAGGUUCACUUGCCCCAUUUCUGCGAAGAGUGCAUCCUAACUAAACAUCGUAAAUUUUCAGAAUACACGAGUGUCAGGAGACAUGGCGCUUUAAAAUCUCUCAGAGCUACUGGCCCUUAUUUUACUGUAAACAACAGACGCCAUAAUUUUCAUAAACGCUUCUAAACAGGAAGCAGCCCUGCUUCGGACUGUCUUCCUCAUCAGUUCCCAAGUGUGACCAGAUAACAGUAUGCAUUUCUUGAUGACUGGAAUACCAUAAUCCCAAGUUACUUCCAAACAUCUCUUCAAUCAAGUCUGACAGCAGGUCACCAAAGUGAGUGAAACUUGCAUCAUAUGAUACCAUUGAAGUUCAAACGCAAAGCUUUGUUCCUGUAUUUUUAAAUCUAGAAUAACAUAGCAUGCCCACAACGCCGAAAGCACGAGUGAGGGAUAGGCAACUUGCAAAAUAGUGCCACCCCUAUCCCGUAUGUAGCCGUGGCCACACUGCUCACUAGGAGACCUGGCUGGAAAACAACGGUAAUUUCCACUGUUACCGGCUCUGCAACGACUCUGGCCAGCAAAUGAGAAGACGCAUGAUAGUGUGCUGUCCUGUUCUUUUAGCGCCCCAUUUUAAUGCUGUUAGUUUUGCCAUGUCAUGUACCAGCUAGAUCAGCGACAUAUGUGUAUAUAUAUGCAUCAAUUUGUAAAUGAAACGUUAGUUUGUUUUAAUAUCACUUUUAAAUAUAGCAUGAGGAUGAAAGCAUAAUUUGAUGUGAAGUGACUGCAAUAUGUACAUCCUCAUUAAACAAUUCUUGUCCGAUGA